AUGGGUAACUUACAAAGCGUUAAGAAAUCAUUGAUUAGAUUUAAAAGAAGAUCCCCUAAACAUUCUACAGAAAAAACUAAAUAUAACGCUACAGAAACGACAACAGCAGAAAUAGAACAUUCGUAUCGUCAAUCUGCUUCAACAUUUUAUUAUAUAGAUGGAAGAAGAUAUUUAGAUAAUUCAUCUUAUUCAUUACCUAACGAUGAUGAAGAAAUUGAUAGAUUACAGAUGCAACAUUAUUUAGCAAGAUAUAUUUUACAAUCUAAUUUUUGUGCACCUGUUAAUAAUAGGUUAAAGAGUGGUGCCAAAGUUUUAGAUGUUGGAUGUGGACCAGGAACAUUUACCUUGGAAAUGGCAUAUGAUUAUCCCAAUUCACAUUUCAUAGGAAUUGAUAUAAAUCCAAUGUUUCCAAAAGAGAUUAAACCAAGAAAUGUUGAAUUUGAAGAAGCAGAUGUUCUAGAGGAUUUACCCUAUGCUGAUGAAUCUUUUGAUUUUAUAGUAAUAAGGAAUAUGAUAACUUCGUUUACUGUACAUGACUGGGAAAGUAAAAUAUGGAAAGAAUUGAUUAGAGUACUUAAACCUGGAGGUUAUAUUGAGACGAAAAAUAUUGAUUUAACAAUGACAACACGUUUAGAGGACAUAUAUAAAUUCACAAUAUUGAAAAAUAUUGAACAUAAAUCAAAAAUGAUUCCAGUUGGUACUUGGGGUGAUCGUAUUGGUAAAAUUAUGGCUGAUGAUUUUGUAAUGUUAGCAAAAGCGAUGUGCCCUGUUUUAAGACCACUUUGGGGUAUAACUCAAGAACAAUAUAAUGAAUUUAGUGAAACUUUUGUAAAAGAAUUUAAUGUGUAUAAAACUUAUUGUAAUAUUCAUGUAGUGUUUGGUCAAAAACCUGAUACGUAG